AUGAGAAGGUGGCAGCGUACCAGAAGCUCAAGGAGGUUGCUGUGGCAGGGCUACAAGAGAAGCUCAAGUCUCUCGAAGUGGAAGUGCGACGAUCGAUCGACAACAGCAAGAAACAGGAAGAGCAAAGCAUCAAGCACCAAAAAUCAGAACACAAAAGAGCAAAGAGCUCAAGAUCGCCGAAAAAGAAGCGACAAUAUUCGAAGACCAGUUGUAGGACACCGUUUACGACAUGGAAGGUCAAACUAG